UAGCAAAGAGUGGAAAAAAAAGUGAAUCGAAUCGUCAUCGUCUUGGCCCAUUAAUUGCGGAGAAAAAAGAUUGCAGCGCCGAAAAAACGGUCAAGGAAGAGUUCCAGCGACACCGCAACUUCCAACCACUCCACAAGAAGAUCCCGUCGAAAGGUAGAACCCUAGGAACCGGAGGGGAAACCAGACCAAACCAAACAACCGCCCAGCCCCGAUUUCGUGAAUCACCAGUGGAACUAUGGAGCAGACACCGAUCACCGAUGCGGAGAAGGUGCGCAUCGUAUCGGACUUCAUCCUACAUGCGCCGCCCGGCGAGUUCAACGAAGUGUUCAACGAUGUGCGGGAGCUCCUCAAGAAUGACACUCUGCUAAAGGAUGGGGCUAGCCACGCCUUCGCCCAAUACAACAAGGACCAGCUGACUCCGGUUCGCAUCGAGGGCACCGAUCAUAACGCCAUCAUAUCGGAACACAACGAUCUGGGAAACGGUCGCUUCUACGACCCGCGCACAAAGCAAGCCUUCAAAUACGACCACCUCCGAAAAGAGGCUUCCGACUACCAGGACGUAGAGGCAGAUGCCACUGCGGAGCCCUGGAGGGCGGCCCUCGACCUGGAGACGCUCGCCUACACUGCCAGUCAUUAUAGACACGGGGUCAGCUCUGUUUUUGGAAAGGCGCAGGGCAACCAGAUCACCCUGACCAUUUGCAUCGAAGACCACCAGUUCCAGCCGAAGAACUAUUGGAAUGGCCGAUGGCGCUCCCAGUGGCAUGUGACCUUCCAGGCGGGCAGCGGAACCGCCGAACUGAAGGGUGUGCUCAAGGUGCAGGUGCAUUACUACGAGGACGGCAACGUCCAGCUGGUGUCCUCAAAGGAGUGCCGCGAAAGCGUGGUGGUCAGCAACGAGCAGCAGGUGGCCAAGGAGGUGAUCCGUCUGAUCGAGGACGCCGAGAAUGAGUACCAGCUGGCCAUUUCGGAGAACUAUCAGACGAUGUCGGACACGACAUUCAAGGCAAUGCGUCGCCAGUUGCCCAUCACCAGGACCAAGAUCGACUGGAGCAAAAUCGUCUCGUACAGCAUUGGCAAGGAACUGAAGACGCAAUAAGACCAGGAGGUGCAAGCGGAAGAGGAGCGGACACAGUCGACAAAGCGGCCCAAUAGUCUUCCACUUGCCAUGGCCAAGCGAGCAUAGGAACCGAUCACCAGCAUUAACACCACAGCAUCCGAAACGAAGUAGCAGGAAUACGAGAAACGAGGGCGGCCAGGUGCAGGUGCCUGCCGAAAAAGCAAAUGUCUGUAAUUGGCUAUAUACAUACGAACAUAUACCUACUUAUAUAUAUAUAUACGGCCUGUAUUUAUACUGUGUUAUACAACGACGAAAGUGCGUAAACAUAACUACACAUAUAUCGAGUACGAUCGGAGACGAUUUGAUUGCAAGGAUUUGGAUGACUUUAGCCUGACGGUGAACGAUGCACUGCCGCCUCGUCUACGUCACGAUCGCCACCAAUUGUCGCCUUUAUCGUUUAAGAAGAGCAUUAAACGCGGAUUUUAUCAUGUCCUCUGACCUAUGUAUUAUUCUAAUUUUAAACGAAUCAAGCUCGAGAUCUGCGCUCUCGAUGAGCCAGUCAAUUCUUCGUGUCUUUGAAGACCAACCAGCCGACUCUCGACUAUUUUAAGUGGUAUCAUUAGGAGCACUCAUUCAAGUUUUUCGCUUUCCCGAUUGUUCACAAACCAACCACCUAGUAUGAGCAUGAAUAAUAACUAUGCUAAACCACUGAUCAUUUUUGCCAGCUCUCCAUUGACAAACAAUAACUAAAGACUUUGAUUUUAUAAAAACAAUAAAUUUGUAAUUAAAAUAACAUAACUAUAAAACAUUUAAGAUUGCUUGAAUUAGUCAAAUUUAAAGAGAAUAAACUAAUUGAAUCGG